GAACGUUAAAGGGGGAAGUGUGGGCGUGGAUUGUAUAUAAAACCCUCGCCAUAUAAUCAGGUGCGCCUUAUGUGUGUGUUAAAUACAGUAAUGGCACACAUAACUGAGACUGCGCCUUUUGGUACAGUGCGCCUUUUGGUCGUGAAAAUACGGUAUACUGUCCAUUGUUGGUUUAGCACUGAUUCCUGUCACAGCGGGAGUUUCUUUGGCUCUGACAAUGACCGGGGUUGGGCUGGGAAUGGGCAGCACAGUCAACAGUGCUGUCACCACCAUUACAGAGAUCGGAGUAAAUGCUGCGCAACAAAAGAAAGCUGGUGAAACCUUUGAGAGCUUCAUGGAGGAUGUGCAGAGUCUCCAGGAAUGUCUGAAGAAGGUGGUCAAUCAAACAGUCAGCAAAGUGGAAGCAAAUGACGUAGAUGUAGCUGUGGGAGUAGGUGUGGCACUGGCUAAAGUUGGUGCUAAUGUUGGUGCUAACGUUGGUAAACUGGUGGCUCAGGAGGGGAAAGCCGUAAGUCGCAUAUCCAUGUUGGCUACAGAAAUCCCAGAUAUUGGUCAGGCAGCAGUCAAAGGGCCUAUUGCUCUCUCCAGUGCACCCAGGGACAGCUCCUUUGUAUUCAGUGGUCUCUUCCUUGGCAUGGAUAUCUUCUUCAUCUGCAAAGACAGCAUCAGUCUGGCUAAAGGCAGCGAGAGUAAAGUCUCAAAGUUCAUCAGAGCCAGAGCUGCUCUGUGGAGCUCAGAGAUGGACUCAUGGCAGAAGAUCCAUGACUCUCUGCACGAAGGCCAGCCGACAUCAGAGAAAAACAAAGUUCGCUGGAGACACCAUUUUAUCCAAAGUUGAAGGCAAAGAGAGGAAAACAGAGAUGGAAGUUCCCUCUGCUGAAAUGGUUGAAACACUGAGAGAACAACAGUCUAUAGUGUGAUUCAGUAUAAAUCAACAGGCAGACAGCGCUGUAUUAAUACUAUGAUCAUAUGUAAAAACCAUUAGAUAUAAAUGAACCAGGUAUGAAGAUUAAACUCUUCUUCAUCGUAGAAUGAAAUUUAAGCUGUUUAUAGCUAAUUAUCAUUUGUUCGGAUUUUAUGCAAUUUUAGUAAUUUUUUGGUUAUUUCAGCAGUAUAUUUUUUGUUGACUGAAUUUAACAUUUUAUGAACCCUGUUUCAACAUAUUUAGUAACAGAUGAAAGCUCUGUCAUACAGACUGAACCUAAUGUGUAAAUAAUCAGAAACAUAACAUUAAGAUGUUCAUUCUAGAGGACUGAUUACCGCCUUUUUAAAUUCUGCCAAGUUCUUUCAAUUUCUGCAAUGUAUCUGCAAAUGUUUAACAAAAAUUAAACAUUUGUUUGGAUUUUA